AAUCGCGUCGUUUUAUGUUCCUAUUAUAAAUAGUUUAUUCAUUAAAAGAAACCGUUCCUGAAUUAAUUGGUUAUUGUUUUAUUUGGUUAUUUCGGCGGUUGUUACAGUGGCGACGAGGUAAAUAUGGGAAGAAAAGGAAACAAACAAUUCGCGCAUGCACGCAGUAGACGUUUGGAUGAAAUUCUUCGGAAAUUAAAUCUGAAUUGAUGUGAACGAUUUUAUUUAUAAUUUCAGAUUGCCAGUUGGGCAAACAAAUUCUGUGUUUUAGUUAAAAAAAAAAAAAAACUAAAAUAAGAAUAAGCACAAGCGGUGCGAGAAAAAAAUCUGUGUUCCAAGUUGGAAUAAGAUCUGGGCCAGUUGGGCAAAUUAAUUUACAAGCAAAUGUACAAUACGAUCAAUCGAAACAAUAACAUUGUUUUCAGACAUGAAUGAGACAAAUGGAAUAAGGCCAUUUCUGUGCGAAGCAAUUGACAAGUCACUCAUUCGUACUGAGUGGGAAAAAUGGCUCAGGUCAUUUACAUUCUACCUUGAUGCAGAAGAAAUAACAGAUGUGAUCAAGAAAAAGAAUAAACUUUUGCAUUACGGUGGAACUCAAUUGCAGGAAGUUGUGCAUAACAUUCCAGGUGCCUUGACUUGUGCAGAAAACGAAGAUGCUUACAAAAUAUUAGUUGACAAAUUGACUGAUUAUUUUUCGCCGGAGAGGAAUUCCACAUUUGAGAGGCAUCUAUUUCGAUCAUUGAAAGCAGAAUGUAAUGAAACCUUUAAUAAAUUCUUGCUAAGAACACGGCAACAGGCGUCGAAGUGUGUGUUUGCAACAACAAAGGAUGAAAUAUUGGAAAUUAGUAUUAAAGAUAAGUUGAUUGACGCCUGGGCGUCUGCGGAUUUGAAAAAGAAGAUUUUGGAAAAAGAGCACACCUUGAAAGAAGUAAUUGAAAUUUGCCAAAUCCAUGAACAAAUUAAUGCUCAGACACAAUCAAUGAAUGCUCCAAGCACGAGCGCGGGUGCGGAAAUCAAUAAAAUUUCUGAUAACCGAGAAUGUUUUAGAUGUGGACAGAGCAGCCAUGACGGAAACAGUAUGAACUGUCCAGCCAGGAAAAUUAAAUGCAACAAAUGUGCCAUGUUGGGACAUUUUGCUCGUAAAUGCCGUACUACCUCAAACAAACGAAAGUUUUCAACAUUUGAUAAUAGAAAUACAAAGCGCCGGGAUUUUGGUUUUAACAAAAUACGAUAUAUUGAUGGCCAAUCGAUAGACGUGAAUGCUAAUAACUCCAAGGCAAAUGAUGACUAUUGUUUCAAGAUAUUUAAUGAAGGAGAAUCUGCGGCUGAGAUAAUUCAGUGUUUUAUCGGUGGUAAGCAAAUAAGUAUGCUGAUUGAUUCAGGAUCAAAAUACAAUCUGCUUUGUGAAGAUGAUUGGAAUUUGUUGAGUGAUGGAAACGCAGUCAUGUGGGAUAUUCGGUUUGAAUCAGAUCAUCAAUUUAAAGCAUACGCUGGCAAAGCGGCAUUAACGAUAAAAGUGGUUUUCGAAGCUGUUAUUGGAAUUAGGAGUAGCUCAAAUGUGAUGUCAACUUUUUAUGUCAUUGAGCAUGGCGAACAAUCGUUGCUUGGUAAAGAUACGGCCAUCAAACUAGGUGUGUUGAAGCUGGGUAUCGGCAUUAAUCAUGUUGAGAAAUUGCAACCGUUCAAUAAAAUUGCUGGAAUAAAAGUAAACUUAUCUAUUGACACCACCGUAAGACCUAUCCAACAACCAUUACGCCGGGUGCCUGUUGCGGUUGAGGAUAGGGUCGAGGCGAAACUUAAUGAGGCAUUAGCUUUGGAUAUUAUUGAACCGGUUAUUGGUCCUAGCGCUUGGAUAUCUCCUGUGGUAGUUGUCUUCAAGGAAAAUGGCGACAUUCGGCUGUGCAUUGACAUGAGGCGUGCAAAUACAGCAAUUUUGAGAGAAAAUUAUCCAUUGCCUACUUUUGAUAGUUUUAUGACGAGAUUACAAGGUGCUAAAUUCUUUUCGAGGCUUGACCUUAAAAAUGCCUAUCAUCAAUUGGAGUUAGAAGAGGAAAGCCGCUACAUAACAACAUUUAUAACUUCCAAAGGCUUAUUUAGAUACAAAAGACUGUUAUUUGGGGUGAACUCAGCUCCCGAAAUAUUCCAGAGAACUAUGGAAAGUAUUUUGGCCCCAUGCAAGAAUGCACUAAACUAUUUGGAUGAUAUCAUAGUCUUCGGCGCAACUGAAAAGGAACAUGAUGAAUAUUUACAAGAUGUCCUUAACACCUUUAAAAACUUCAAUGUAGCCAUAAACGAAGACAAAUGCUUGUGGAAAGUACAAAAUCUAAAAUUUCUGGGCCACGUCCUAUCAACAAAUGGUAUAAGCGCUGACCCGGAUAAAAUCGAUAGUGUGCUGAAUUUUCGAGCACCCAACUCACGGGAGGAGACUCGCAGUUUUCUUGGUCUGGUUACCUAUUUAGGUAAAUUUAUACCGGAUUUGAGCGAUUUGGUUGAACCUCUAAGAGAAAUCACGAAAGCCAACGAGAAGUUUAUUUGGACCACGAGACAAAACGAUGCAUUUUUAAAACUCAAGGAAAAAUUAAUUGCCCUUCCAACACUUACUUAUUUUUCACCGAAACGGCGCACGAGAUUAAUUGCGGAUGCCAGCCCAGUGGCUUUGGGAGCGGUACUAAUUCAAUUUACUGGAGACACUCCGUAUGUCGUGUCUUUUGCAAGUAAGGCGCUGUCUGAAGUAGAGCGCAGAUAUUCGCAGACUGAGAAAGAGAGCCUGGCUCUGGUGUGGGCUGUCGAGCGAUUUUAUUAUUACUUAGCGGGGAUUCAAUUUGAGCUGGAGACGGACCACAAGCCUCUCGAAGCCAUUUUUAAGCCAACAUCGAAGCCGCCGGCUCGUAUCGAGCGUUGGGUCUUGCGCCUGCAGUCCUUUAGCUUCAAAAUUAUAUACAAAGCGGGGAAACAUAACAUAGCAGACUCAUUGUCCAGACUCUGUAAUCUGGAUACAGCUGUUACUUUUGAUAAGCCAUGCGAGUUCAGCAUUUGCUCUAUAAUAGAAAAUUCAGUACCACAGGCUUUAACCAUUUUGGAAAUUGUACACAAUAAUAGCAAAGAUGAUGAGAUUUUGCAGGCAGUGGAAUGUGUAAAUACCGAAGAUUGGAGUACAGCUACUAAGAACAGGUAUUAUCUAUUUCGAUUUGAGCUCAGUAUUUUAGGGAAUUUGUUGCUAAGAGGUACGCGACUUGUGAUUCCUGCAAGCCUGAGACAACGAGUGCUGGAUCUAGGCCACGAAGGUCAUCCAGGCGAAACCGUGAUGAAGCGAAGAAUUCGUUCGAAGAUUUGGUGGCCUUUGGUCGAUAGAGAUAUAGAGAAAUACGUGAAAAGCUGUUAUGAAUGUAUGUUGGUAUCUCGGCCAAUACCACCGGCUCCUAUGAAAAGACGAAUCAUGCCAGACAGUCCCUGGGCUUGUGUAGCAAUGGAUUUAUUGGGCCCGUUGCCGAAUCACGAUUUUGUAUUUGUAGUUAUUGACGACUACUCACGAUAUCACGAGCUAAAAUUUAUGAAGAAGAUAACGUCAACGGAAAUUAUUGAUUUUCUCGAGGAAAUAUUUGCCCGACAUGGAUAUCCCAAGUCAAUAACUGCAGAUAACGGGCCCCAAUUUGUGAGCGAAGAAUUCAAGACUUUUUGCAGUACUAAUAAUAUCGACUUGAUGACAUCACCGCCUUAUUGGCCCCAAGCUAAUGGAGAGGUCGAAAAUUUGAACCGCUCUCUUUUAAAACGUCUUCAGAUUGCUCACUCGCAGGGUUUGGACUAUAAAAAGGAGAUUCGUAAAUUUACCCUCAUGUAUAAUGUCACUCCGCAUGGCACAACAGGAAAAGCUCCAUCGGAACUUAUUUUUAAUCGAGUGAUUAGAGAUAAGAUUCCAUCGCUGAAUGACGUUGAAGAGAAUGUUAUCGACUCUGAAGCCAGAGACAAUGACAUUGUGAAUAAAGAUAAAGGGAAACAGAGAGCCGAUUCUGACAGAAAUGCGGUCGAUUGCAACAUCAGAGUUGGGGAUAAAGUAUUGAUGCGAAAUACUGUCCACUCUAACAAAUUAUCUACAACCUUUGGGCAAACUGAAUACGAAGUAACGGAACGAAAGGGCAAUGAUGUCGUGAUAUCAGGAGAAGGCAGAGUGUAUCGCAGAAACAUUACUCAUGUUAAGAAAAUUCCAACUGAUUCAUCGCUACCAUCUUUAGCAAGGCCCACGGAGACUUCGGUUGCAGAUCCAGAACAUCACGAACUCCAUCAUGAUCCAGAUGCCGCCGACGAAGGUCCUUUAACCAAUGAAUCAUCAUCGGAACCAUCAUCAAAAUCAUCUAACUUAGAUACGGGAGGAUCCAGGCCGAAAGUAACGAUGAAGCUUAAGAAAAAUAGAGGAGGGAUGUGGCAACCAGCUGAAUAGCUAUCAGAGUGGCAGCACACAAACAUAACCAGUUGAUCUGGCAUCACUUAUAAAAAUAAAUUAUUAUUAGUUUUUCUGAUGAAAUCGCGUCGUUUUAUGUUCCUAUUAUAAAUAGUUUAUUCAUUAAAAGAAAC